UAUAUAAUUGAAAUGGAUACCAGUAAGAUAAUUCCAAUUGAAAAAUUGAAUUGAUAAAACAUCUUAUUUAUGUUUUUUCUUUCGGUCUCGUACCAGCAGAUAAGUGAGUUUCUUAUUCUCUGUUUUUCAACGCAUAUUGAAUAUGUUAAUUUUAUAGCGAUAAUUAAAAAUAAAAAAAAAACAACUAUUAAAAAUAUAAUCCGUCCUUUGUAGACGUCGAUUAUAUUUCGUUUAAAAUGAAUGCGAAUUUUUAAAAAUGUCAAAAUCUCUUUUCUUUUUUGAAAGAAAAACAAAAGAGAGAAAAAUCGUCAUUUUAGCAUUUUUAAAAAUAUCUCUUUUAAUAAUAACGUAUAAACGAUAAUAAUUGUAAAUAUUAUUUUCUUUAUCAUCACGUUUAAUGCUUAUUAUUUCUUUUUUUUUCGUUGUGAAGGACAUAAACACGUUGAUUGAUUAGUUGCAAACGUGUUUGUUUUUUUUUCUUUUUCUUUCCUUGCCAGCUACAACUCUCAAAUACUUAAGAGAGAGAGAGAAAAAAUUAUUUUAUUUUAUUUUUCCCAUGUACAAAAUUACUGAUUGAAAAUGUUAUUGAAAAAUCUGCUCGUGUUAAAAUUACGACAGAUUAAUAUCUUUAGCGUGACAUAACAUUUAAAGUUGUCUUGCGCGAGAUCCAUUAUCAGUCCAGUCUUGAAUCGAGUAACGAUUAUUCCACCCGGUACGACGGAACAUUCACCCUAAUUUAGCUGGCGAACGAUCGAAGAAGAGCAGCAAGGUGGUCAGACGGGAUUCCCAUCGUAGCUAUUCUUGACCAGACCAGGCUAAUAUUGAAUCCACUCAAUUACUUCCAGCUACGUUAGUAUAUUGAGCACAUCGCUAUAAGUAUAAAUAUCAUCAUCGAUUUCUCUCUUCCUCUUUUUCUUACUUUUUCUUACAUUAUCUCGAAAGUAGUCGUAGAGAGGCUGUAGAGAGGCCGAUGAUCAUUUUUAUCUCCCCCUCUCUCACUACUUCCCUCCCCAUCUAUCUCUCUUUCUAUAAGAGCGCGCGUAUGCAUAUACAUGCAUACACAUAUGCAUAUAUACAUACGUAUAUAUUUUUCUCUAUCACACUUGCCUAGAAUUUUCAGUAAGGACCAAGAUUCUAUCGUUCGCUCGAUUACAUCUCCCGCCCCCCGGAUAUAUUAUCGUUACGCGAUGCGGCCUUCGCCAAGGCCCAAGCUACUAAUCCUUUGUUUGCAAAGAUAUUCUGAGCCAAGAAAACCAGUUCUUCUUUUACUACUGCACUUCAACCAUGAAGGCAGCAGUGCAGUGUGCGUGUACACAUACGUUAUUACUCUUUUUACCAAGAAGACGCACCGUUGUGUGUUGUAAAUUGCAAGCGAAAACCGGGAAACGAUAAAAUCCUCGUAAUCACGAUUAUUACGAGGACUUGGGUAGGCCGUGGAUGAGGGUGGAAAGGAAGGAAGGAAGGAAGGAAGGAAGAAAGGAAAAAAAGAAAAGGAGUAAGAGAUGCGAUACGUACCGCAACGAUCAAGGUCAUGUUGCUUUUUAUUCGCCCGGAGAAGGAGAGGAACACGAAGAAGACGAAAAGGACGAAGGAGAGAAAGAAGAUACGGGGUUAAAAAUAGCCUCUCUCGGUGCAAAAUAAAAACUAACUGAGAUGACCACCGAGCGAUGGACGUAUAAGAAGAAAAAGAAAAGGAGAAGGAAGAAGGAAAAGAAGAAGAAGAAGAAGAAGAAGAAGACGAAGAGAAGAACGAAGGAGGUGCAUGAGUCGGGAUAAAAAGAAGAGAAUAUCAAAAACAAGGACCGUAAGGGGUCCGAGAUGGAGGAUGGUAAAGAAAAAGAAGUAGAGUGAGAAAGAAAGGGGAGAGAAAAUAAGUUUCUCUUGCUAUUUUAACUCACUAGGAUAAUAUAUCCCUCCUCCCUCCCUAUAAAUAUGGUUAUUUUUUUGUUGAACUCGCCAUAAUAAAAAAGAAGAAAAAAAAGAAAAAAAGAAAAGAGCAUAUACGAGUUUAGUGGUUGUGUAAAAGUAUACCCGAAGGAAUCAUUUCUCAGCACCCUUCGUUUCUUCUUACUCGUGCUUGUUUCAUCAACGAUCGCACGAAACGCAAGUAGCCAGUCCUCUUCAUCCUCAUCGCGUCUAUCUACGUUCUUCUCUUCGCGGGAUUCCAGAAGCUCUUUAGAAUAGAUCGUAGGCGCCAGUCGAUGAGGACGUUCGUGCACGCGAACACCACGACGAAGAGCACCAACGACGGAGACGGCGAUGGUGUUUCUCCGUAAAUGAAGAAGAAGAGGAGUAUUUUCCUUCUCUCUUCUCUCUUCUUCUUCUUCUUUCCUUCCUUCUAUUCUUUUCCUUCUCCUCUUGUUCUUUUUUUUUUCCCCCUUUCUUCGUCUCUGGAGUCAACGUAAUGCCUGGACGGCUAUGCGACGCUGCUGUUGGCCGAGGUAACGCGGCCGAGGGCAACCUUCGGCCGUUCUCAGACAGGGCCGAGGAUUGAAGGAAAAAGAAGAGGGAGCCGCCGGGAGAGUUGGAACGGGUUCUCUCCUCCGGGCCGGGUGCGCAGUCCAGUCGAAGACUCACGAUGAUAGUGAACGCCCGAUGAAGAAUCUUCCCCCCGUCCAACAGAACGAAGAGACAGUCCGCGACUGCCCCGUCGAACUCGAGCGCCCCAGUUGGGCGAUUUCAUUAACGAAACACAGAGUUAGAAUCGAUCCGAUCGAUUUCCCGUUAUUACGACAACAACAGCAGCAGCAGCAGCAGUAGCAACAACAAUGACAACGACUAAGACAACGAGGAAUGUUAGCGGCAAAACGAAGAUGAUACCACCGGACGGGGGGUGGGGUUGGGUCGUAUUGACCUCAGCCCUUAUUGUCAACUUCCUUAUCCCUGGAACCGUCAAAUCCUUCGGCGUUCUCUUCGUCGAAUUCCUUCACGUUUUCAAGGCAUCGCCAACAGCAGCCUCUUGGAUGCCGGCUCUCUGUUAUUUUCUCUACAACUCUUUGGGUCCCUUGUCGAGUGUUCUCUCUACCAAGUAUUCUUAUAAAACCGUGACAUUAAUUGGCGGCACCUUUGCCGCUACUGGAAUGAUGCUCAGCUAUUUUGCUAAUUCCGUUUCUUAUCUCUACGUUAGUUAUGGUCUGAUGGUCGGAAUCGGCGCUGGUUUAUCCUUUCCACCAACGAUUUACAUCGUCACAGCGUAUUUCCAGAGGCUACGUGGUUUUGCCAACGGUCUCUGCAUUUCCGGAAGCGCGAUUGGAACUAUAGUGUUACCACCGCUUCUCCAAUAUCUUCUUGACUGUUUUGGAUAUAGAGGUGCGGUACUUAUUAUGGGUGCUUUAACAUUGAACACGCUAGUUUGUGCGUUGCUCUAUCAUCCGGUCGAACAACAUAUGAUAGCCGUUCCCAUAGAGGAAGGAAUCGAUAACGAAGCUUUAAGCUUGGACGAACCGAUCGAUGAAAAACGUCAAUCGAUCGAUCCGGCGAAAUUGAAUUCGAUUGUUCAGGACGAGAAGAAUGAAAAAAUCGAAAGUACGACGAAGCAGGUACAAAAUUUAACGGAACUAUUGAAUUAUUCGAAGCUGACUACAUCCAAAGAAGAAGGAUUUGAAAAAUUGACAAAGCCGAAUGAAGAAGAGGAGCAAGAUCAAUGGAUCGUCAAGGAUCAAGUUAUAGAGGAUAUUGCUAGCGUAGACGAUAAGGAAAAAGGGGAGGAUCUUCAAGAUAAAUAUGACGAAGAAAACGUUAAAGAGACUUCGAGUACGAGCGAUAGAAAGCUAGUUGAUAAAAAACAAUUCGUCACUAAUGAACCGUUCAAUUCCCGUCAGAUUAGCACAAUGUCAGAUAACGGAUCAAACGUAUUAGGAAUAUCGAUAAAAAUGCAUCUUCAAGAGGACAACGAAUCCGUAAAAUUGGACAAGCCCGUGCAAGUAGAAAUCUCAACGCCAAAGCCAUCGAAGUCCGAGACUUCAUCGACUAAGGAUGAAAGCACGAAGAAAGUAUAUCUAUCUUUUGAUUUCAGCAUGCUGAAGGAUCCGAUCUAUCUGGUCAUUUUGAUAUCAAACUCGACGUCAGCGAUCAGCAAUACAAACUUUAUGAUUCAUUUGCCGUCCUACGCAAACUCCCAAGGCUUCGAUCAAAAUUCAUCGGCUCUUUUAUUGUCCACUGUUUCAGCUCUUGAUCUUAUCGGUAGAAUAAGUGGUGCUUCUUUAUCCGAUAUAGACUUCGUACCGAAAUAUUAUUAUUUCGUCGGUGGCCUUGGAACUAGUGGAAUAGCUCUGGCGCUACUACCGAUGGCCAAUAGUUAUGGGAUGCUUUCCUUUUUCUGUGCAUUAUUUGGCCUCUCUUCUGGCAUGUACAUCGGCAUCACGACCGUUAUCCUGGCUGACAUGCUUGGUACUGAUAAACUCAGUUCCUCUUAUGGAAUCUCGCUCUUUGUUAACGGUGUCCUCCAACUCGUCGGACCGCCGGUUUGCGGUGUCAUCUAUGAACACGUUGGAUCUUAUAAACCCAUUUUCUUGGCAUUCGGUAUAAUACUUAUACUGGGUACCGCUCUCUGGGCCAUUGUGCCUCUAAUCAAAAGGAACAGUAAAAAAAAGAUCGAAGAGGUAUAACGGUAUAGAAGUGUAAUUACAAAUUAAUCCUCACGAAUGAGAAGUAUUUUUACUCGUUCGUGUAAUUUUUGUGAUGACGUCAUUCCAAGGAAAGUAUACAAAAUAUUCGUAGAUAUAAAUGCAGGGACUACAUAAGCGUAUUAUUACAAUACUUAUAGAUAACUCAUGAGUAUCUGAAGUAUUUCACUCUCGAUUGUAAGAGAAGUGAAAAUACUUGUGAUCAGUAUUUAGCGAUUAGGAUCACAUCACGAAUCGUUUUUCGUUAAUAAUACGAUCGAUUUUUUUUUUUAACAAUCGUUAGAGUCAUUGAUCAUUAAGUGGUAGAUUGCCUUCUAAAGUGACAAAAACACUUUUGUAAGACCAAUGUUAGUGUAUAUGUUUUUCCAAAUACAAGAUUUUAUCAGGCGGAUCGUCGAUGUACUAUCGUUUAUCGUUCAUAAUAUUAUUAUGAGAUUUUAUCAUUGAAAAUGCGUCGUGUCGAUCUCUUGUUCUAUACUCUGGCAUUAAUAGUAUCUAUAUCCGUAGUAUAUUUACUCUAAUUAAUUAGUCAUAUUGUUUUCUUGUAUUUUUUUUGUUUUUUUUUUUUUUUGUUUUUUAACAGACACCACUCAAACGUUUCAUUAGAAAUGAAUUUCUUAGCUAUAACAUAGGUGGCAUGAAUUUUCAUAGCUCAUAAAGAAUAAAUUUCGAUCAUUGAAACGAGAUCGAGAAUUUUAAUUAAAUCAAGCCGAUAAGACGUUACUUAAAUGAAUAUUUGAUAAAAGGCCGUUAGAAGAAAGAAAAGAAAAAGAAGGGUGUUAAAUCUCCAGAUUUUAAACGAACCUAGUUCGCGUUAAACGAUUUUUGCAUUAGCGAUUCACACCGAUGCUCCGGGUUCUCUGGGUAUUCGUAUAUAUCUAGUCACGCCUGUGCGAAUGUACAAAAUGCACGCGCGAGCCACUAAAAAUAUUUUUCUUAUUAUUACAAAAUGGGGAAAAUAAGAAGAAGAAGAAGAAAAAAGAAUUAUCGUGAUGCGUGAAAACAUGUGGGAGAAGCGUUUGUUUAAAGAAGACGUAACGUUCGUAGGCUCGACUCUAUGAGUGCUGAAGUUACAAGGGGCGUGUUGUCAUAAAUAGUUCUUCGCACUUGGAUUGCUCGCUUAUCCGAUAAAAGAGCAUCCAAGAAGACAUUGUAUGUUUAUAAUAGCGGUGUAUGACGAAAGACGAGAGAAAGAGAGAGAGAGAGAGAGAGAGAGA